AUGGCUACAAUCACGCCAGACAAUUUACAAUCAAUAGGCAGCAACCAGGCCAUCAAAUCAUACACUCCAUUCUCUAAUAUAAAUUGUUCUCAACUGCUCCUUGAAUUUGUCUACUUUGUCCACUUUGAAAAAGCAAAAAAUCAAUCAGUUCUUCACCACCAAAAUAUGUCGUACCGAAGAAGCACAGCCUCCUCAAUCUCGGAAGUCUUUUCGUUAAACCCUUUGCCAUAUCCAGUCCUACUAAUUUUGGCUGUGGUUUUCAUAUUUCUUGGCCUCCAGUUUUAUGUUUCAUAUGAAUCAGUGGUGGAGUCCACGGAGGAGAACAUGGGGUGGCUACUAAUGGCCGCGCCACUGGUUUUACUCUUCGCUGUGCGGUGGCUAUCGACGGUGGAGAGUCCGGGGUGGUGGUUCGGGUCGCCUUGGGACAGGCGGAGGACCACGUAUUAUAUGCCGUCCGAGGGAAGCUCGCCAUGGGGCGUGGCAGCGUUGAUAUUGUUGUUACUUGUUUUAGUGCAGUACCAGUCCGCUUUUCUCGAGAGUUGGUUUAUAUGA